GUAACUAGCAGCUACCAAUUUUAAGUUUCCGAGAGCAGAAGAAAAUGGAGGAAAAUCGUGCGAAUUCGAAACCCUACAAUCUACUCUCAAAGAUCAAAGGGUUAACUCGAUGUCUUCUUAAAGAUAUCUGUAAUGGACAAUCCCCAGUACUUUACUUAGAUCGCUAUAGGAAUUACUGCUCAAAUCCAACUGGAAAUUGUAGUUGUAGCUACGAAAAGCAGCAAGGCCAAGAUAUGCUUACACUUCAAAGAGAAUGUCAUGCACAUAGACUGAAUGUCUUGCUGAGGGUGUUACUGAUUGUUCAGAAGUUGUUGCGGGAAAACAAACACGGGUCAAAGAGAGAUAUAUACUACAUGUAUCCAUCUGUAUUUUCAGAGCAAGCAGUUGUAGACCGCACCAUCAAUGACAUAUGCAUUCUCUUCAAAUGCAGUCGCCAUAACCUGAAUGUGGUGUCUGUUGGAAAAGGGUUGGUGAUGGGGUGGUUAAGAUUCAUGGAAAGUGGAAGGAAAAUCGACUGCAUGAAUAGUCCUAACACUGCAUACUCUAUUCCUGUUCAUGCUGAGGAAGUCAAAGAUAUCACUGGUGUUGCACAGUAUAUACUGAUUGUAGAGAAGGAAACAGUAUUCCAGCGGCUAGCAGAUGAUCAAUUUUGUCGUGCAAAUCGUUGUAUCGUUGUCACGGGAAGAGGUUAUCCUGAUGUUUCUACUAGAAGGUUUUUGCGUCUUCUUAUGGAGAAAUUGCAUCUGCCUGCAUAUUGCUUAGUGGAUUGUGAUCCUUAUGGUUUUGACAUCCUUACAACCUACCGGUUUGGUUCCAUGCAAAUGGCAUACGAUGCAAAAUUUCUACGAUUGCCUGACGUACGAUGGCUUGGGGCUUUUCCUUCCGACGCUGAGAACUAUCAACUCCCGAAACGUUGUCUCCUUCCUCUAACAGUAGAAGAUAAGAAGAAAGCCGAAGCAAUGUUACUGAGAUGCUACCUACAUCAAGAAGCGCCACAAUGGAGGUCAGAACUAGAGAUAAUGUUGAAAACAGGAGUAAAAUUUGAGAUUGAAGCUUUGUCCGUAUCCUCAAUUUCGUUCUUGUCAGAGAAAUACGUUUCAUCUAAAAUUCAAGACGGGGUAUUCAUCUAACAGUAGUUAUUGUUGUCAUGAUUCCACUAAGGAAAUCAUUUUCGAUGUAUGUUGACAAUUCAUAACAUUAAAUCAAAGGAUUGAUAUCUAAAUGGAAAAUGAACAAAUAUAAUUACAAUACGAAAA